AUGGAUUCCCACGAGCAUCCAAUUGACAAAGCUCAGCGGUUACAAGACGAGCGCAUCAAAGCCGACCGGAAUUUCUUUGUCACGUGGGAUCAGUGGGUGCCACCGAAGUUGUGGCCAACUCCAUCCCCUCAAAAAGACGUGAUUCCUGUCGGUCUCAACAAAUUUCGCAUUCGACCUAAACGACCAACUACAUCCCGCACCAUUCAACCAAAGAAACAUCCGUCCUCAGUCAUGCAAACACGACCAGAUCAUGCAGACGCACUUUCCAAGAAAUAUUUUGGCCAUGAAAUAUUUGACAUGGGCUGGAGCACUGAAGCCGAUGACCCGCUGACCGUGGGGACGCCGACUGGAACAUCAUCGGCCAGUGAACACUUUGGAAGUCAAACAUUCGACAUGUGUUGGGACACUGAGGUUGAUCCGGCGCCGAUCGUGAGCGAGAAUGCAGCGAGACCUGCUGCUGCAGGUCAGUACAAUCUUUGUUGGGACGAUGAACUGGACCCAUCAAAGGUCGACUCGCCACCGAUAGUGGAGCCGGCGACUAUCGAGACUCCGACCAUGGAUAUCGCCAUACCAUUGGCGGCUGGUCAAUAUGAUAUGUGUUGGGAGGACCGGCCGUCUGCAUCAGCAGUGGGUUAUGAAGGCGAGUAUAGGUCAUGUACAUUGCCAUUCAAGACUGACUAUUUCUCAGCCAAUUUUGACAUGUGCUGGGGGAGAUUCACCAUCGGCAGAGGUGAUGACCUUCGCACCGGUGGGACCACCGCACCGGCGAUGAACUCAGUCAACUCAGCUGCUAACACACAGCAGUUGUCUGAGAGUCACUCCGCUGGCACUCAGGCUUUCUACAACAUGGGCUUUGGCCGUGGCUCGCCAGAUACAUCUGUAGUACCGAGAGACGGCUUUGCCGAGCAACAUGUUCGAAACCACCGAGGAUUUGCUGCGCCAAGCAACUCUGAGGCUGGAAAGCAUCGACGCUUUAUCGA